CACAGCUGUUGCGAGGCGCAUCGUGUCCUGAACGUUAGCCGAAAAAACUGUUAGCUGUCUGCUGAUAUCUUCUGUUGGCCUCUGAUGUACCCACUGGAAUAUCAGAAGGAGAAAGAAGAAAACGGCGCACUUCGGCGGCAGGAGUCAGCCACAGAGAAAGCCGGGACCCGAUAGACAAAGACAGCAAUACAGAACAGCAGGCUAACCUCACGCACAGCACUAUGCGCAUCUGACACACAACUGAGUGCCGGGCGGGCUUUGCUGCAGCUGAGGAUGAUGAAUGGUCUCCUGCGCUAGAGCUAGAUGGUGUGGGAAAGAUGGACCUCCCUAAUGGUCGAUCAAGCAUCACCACCACCGCUGCAACAGUCUCUGAGAAGAGCAGCAGCUCAGAAUCUCUCAGUGAUAAGGGUUCUUCGGACCUGAAGAAGAGUUUUGAUGCUGUUGUGUUUGAUGUGCUAAAGGUCACCCCUGAAGAAUAUGCAGGCCAGAUUACGCUCAUGGAUGCUCCUGUGUUCAAAGCCAUCCAGCCAGAGGAGCUGUCGAGCUGCGGCUGGAACAAGAAGGAGAAGCACAGCUCUGCUCCAAAUGUUGUGGCCUUCACUCGCAGGUUCAACCAGACGAGUUUCUGGGUGGUACGAGAGAUUCUCCAUGCACAGACGUUGAAGAUCAGAGCUGAGGUGCUGAGUCUGUACAUUCGCACUGCCAAGAAACUGUGUGACAUGAACAACCUCCAUGCGGUCAUGGCUGUGGUGUCAGCGUUACAAAGUGCUCCCAUCUUCAGACUUACCAAAACAUGGGCGUUACUGAGUCGGAAGGACAAGGCAACGUUUGAUCGGCUCGACUUCCUGAUGUCCAAAGAAGACAACUAUAAACGUCUGAGAGACUUCAUAAGCAGCCAGAGCAUGGUCUCUUGUAUACCAUACCUAGGGAUGUACCUGUCCGAUCUGACGUAUAUAGACUCGGCCUACCCCUCCACGGGCAGCAUACUGGAGAACGAACAGAGAUCCAACCUGAUGAAUAACAUUCUCAGAAUCAUAUCGGACCUGCAGAGAUCCUGUACCUACGAUAUACCAGUGUUGCCUCAUGUACAGAAGUAUCUCAACUCAGUCAGGUAUAUCGAGGAGCUGCAGAAGUUUGUGGAGGAUGACAAUUACAAGUUGUCACAGAAGAUUGAGCCAGGCACCAGCACACCGCGAGCAAACGCCUCCAAAGAGGACCUUGCCGGCCAGGAAGCAUCAGCAUCUCCUCUCUGCGGCCGUAAAUGUACGAUAGCAGCUGAAGGCACCAAAGUCCCGGCCACGCCGCCCUCGCCCAGGAACCUGCUGCCGUACGGGCACAGGAAGUGCCACAGCCUGGGCUACAAUUUUAUCCAUAAGAUGAAUACCGUAGAGUUUAAAAGUGCUACGUUCCCGAAUGCUGGUUCUCGCCAUCUGUUGGACGACAGUGUGAUGGAGAGCCACAGUCCUACCCGGGGACAAGCAGAGAGCUCAACUCUGUCCAGCGGUAUUUCACUUGGGAGCAGCGAGGGCUCUGAGCUCAGUGAAGAGGUGUCUUGGCCAGCUUUUGAGAGGACUCGGUUCUAUCACUCUCUGGGCCCAGUGACCCGCGUGGCCCGCAUCCCCUACAGAGGAGUCCUGAGGCCCAGCAGCUCAGCGGAGUCAGAGGAGCUUGCGGUUCACUUGUAUCCCGGAGCAGUCACAGUGCAGGGGGUGUUGAGGCGGAAGACUGUGCUCAAGGAGGGCAAGAAACCAACAGUGGCGUCAUGGACCAAAUACUGGGUGGCUCUUUGUGGAGCACAGCUCUAUUAUUACCCCGCCAAGUCCCUAAAGGCCACUGAGAGAAAACACUUCAAGUCAACGUCCAGUAAGAGCGUGUGUGUGGUGGGUCUAAUGGCCAUGAUGGCUGACGAUCCCGAGCAUCCUGAUGUCUUCUUGCUGACGGACUCUGAGCACGGUAACACCUACAAGUACCAGGCAGGGAACAGAAUGAACGCUUUGCUCUGGUUCAAGCAUCUGAGUGUGGCCUGUCAGAGCAAUAGGCAACAGGUGCCAGCCAAUCUGAUGUCAUUCGAGUGAGCGAUGCUGAGAAGUGUGACCGUGCAAAAGAGAGAGGGAUGAGGUGCCAGACGAGGAGGAGAAUGAGGAGGAGUAUUGACUCAUUAGUGGGAGCUUUCACUGCCAUGAGCCCUGACCGCCGAUUCUCCGAUUCUAGCCCCGGCCUCACUGCAGCCUCACCUGCCACCACUGCCUUAACCACAGUACCCUGUGUGUGUGUGUGUGUGUGUGUGUGUGUGUGUGUGUGUGUGUGUCUGUGUGUCUGUGUCUGUGUGUCUGUGUGUGUGUGUCUGUGUGUGUGUACUGACUACUGAACAAGGACCUGCACCACUGCUCUUGUCUCCCAUUUGCUCUUUCUUGUUUUUACUGUUCAGCACUUCAGCAGAGCCGUUCGACUUCUCCUCUCCUCUCUCACAGGCAGACUGUCCUCGGAUGGACAGAAAUAAUCCUCUCCUCCGUUUGUUCGUUUUUUCUCAAGGGUUUAACUUUAUUUGUGUCCCCGCCAUGCUCCAAUGCAAGAUUCCCGUCUUUUUAAUCGGCCGGACACACAAUCGCAACACGCACACUCACAUCGGACUAACACAUUGGACUUUGGAGGGUUUGAAAACACUUUUUUGUACUUAAUCGCUUGUUGGUAUCUUUUCACUUGAGUUGACUUGGAGUCACAGGAUUAUUUACAUAAGCCACGCACUCACUCACUCACUCUCUCACACACACACACACACAGGCCUAUUUGAUUGCAUCGUCGUAAACGUAAGGGCUCUGAUUCGCAAUCGAUUCCAGCAGAAACAAUUCCCACACUUCCUGAAUGUGUCCAGUUUUUAUUACAGAAUUUAGCCCCCCACCCCAUCCUCUUUUUUUUUUUUUUUUGGUCAAAUACUCGCUAAGUGUUCUGUGCAUAUGUGUGUGUGUGUAUGUGUUUGUGUAACUGCAAUGGGUGAGGAGGGGUGGGCAUGGGAGGGCAAACAUUUGCUUAAAUGACAGGAAUCUUGUCUGUGUUCCACAUAGGUACGAUUGUCCCAGAAUCUAAGCUAAGACGUGUUCACGGGCAGGAAGACGAUAGUUAAUCCUUUUACAAACCUGUAUCUUUGUGUUCUCCAGUGUUGUCUGCUCUCAGUUCACCAGACUCACACACACACACACACACACACACACACACACACACACACACACUUAACACUAAACACUAAAGACUUGAAACUGUGAAAGAGUCCAAAAGAGAGAGCAACAAGAACUCAUAAUACUAUUAUGAUUUUAUCUCCUUUUCUCCUUGUUGCUUCAUGUGGUUAAGAGCCUCUGGCGUGGAGCAGACAUUCAAAGCUACCUGGAGCCAUAAAGAGUCUGUUUUAAAUCUUGUUUGUUUAUAUUGUUUUGUGUUGUUAGUUUUUUCCUUUUUGGGAGGGAUGGUGCAGUUCACAGUAUUACCAUGUAGUAGAUGAUUGCACGUCAAUGUAGGUUUGUCUGUUACAUUUGAAUGUUACAUUUUUGUGUUUUUCUCCUUUUUUGGAGCAGUUAUUUUGAAUAUUUUAUGUACAUGUGAUUUUUUUUUUUCUUUUUUGGUCCUCUAUUCAAUUAACCAGGACCCAGCUCAAUUUUAGGCCCUAACCGUAUUACAUCUGAUUUGGAAUAGCAUAAGCACCUUGGUUAUAAUUAGUGCCAAGUGAUGUAACGUCACUGUUUUUCUUCAGGUUGACAAAGCGUUAGGACGGACAGAGCUGCAGUGGAAUCAGACGUAGGUCCUGGCAUGUUACAGUGGGAAAAACCUGGUGAUUUCCACUGUGCAUCACAGAUGUUUCUGGGUGCCACAAAUAGAGUUGCGGUUUGUUUUUGUUGGGAGCAAAUCGCAUCCAAAUGAACAAACAAGAUCAGCUUGAUGGAGCUGAAAGCAACGGAGUUAUCCAAUAAUUACCCAAUAAUAAUCAUCAAAAUUCUAAUCUCCUUUCUGUAACAUUUGUUUACAUUGUAUGUUUACACACUCUUUUGCCCAAAAUCACAGUCCCCUCAGUGCUCCACAUGUACUUUAUAAACCUUAGGAAGCAUAUUACAGUAUAUAGAAGUAAAUAUCCCACCUACCGAUGGGGUAUUGUAAGCUCAGAGUUAGUUUCAGGUUGUUGAAAGGUUGGGAUGGGGUGAAGAGGUGAACAUAUAAUCAUACUCACUGGAUCCCAUUUAAUGUGCUCAUCAGCCCCCUUCUCUAGGCUAAUAUCCAGCCCAUAGAGGCACAAUGAUGCAUUAAAACUGCCCCAGCACAAUACACCUGUCAACAAUUGAGCUUUUUCAGUCAGAUGAACAACAACAACAAUUUAGUGCCCAUAAAGAGACGCCCAGUCCUUUGUAUAUUAACUGAAGAAGAGAUGGUAGUGGGUGAACCUGUGGAAGAAUGAAUGAGGAAGCCAAAGACAGGCAUAUGUAAUGCGGCGGUUACUCUGAGUACUCUGAGCAUUCGUGUGCCUGUGCAUACUUCUCUAUUUUUAUAAAGCGUUGUAAUUCAAGCCAGACAGGCAGUCCGUCGAGGCUGCCGUCCCUGCUGAGGAGCGGGGGCCACCGGCUCCCUGAUCCUCCGGCCGCCAGCUCACGCCACGGCUCCACGCUGGCUUGUGUUGUUCUGGAAGUGUGAAGAAAAGGAGGACUCGUGAGCAGACAAGCGGUGGAAACUGCACUCAUCUGCGUCCACUUCUGGCCUGUGAAAGACUUUUUUUUUGCUGUAUAACGGAGCAGAGACUGUUUGAAGUGAAUCCCAGAGCUGAAGCUCCACGGAGGCCGAUCGGUGCUGGUGUUUGAAUGUGAUUGGUUGGCUGGGGACAAAGGGAGUCCGUGAAUGAAAUAAGUGAGACGGAGUUUGGGGUUUAGGGGUUUAGGGACUGUUUAGCUGUGUAUAUCUACAGAAGGUGGCUGGUUUAUCUCUUCCCUUUCAUAUUCAGCCGAGUUGAACCUGCUGUCGUUUGUGAUACACUGACUAAUUGGUGCAGAGAAGCAAGAAUUGAUGCUGCCUCAGAAACUCUCCAACCCAUCCUUCAUCACAUUUCCUUUCUAUUUGAUGUUAAUUAAGAACGAUGAAAGAAACGGAUGUGGACUCCUGAGUUUUAAACCUAACCAGACUUUUGGGGGCAUCUUGAAAGGUUUAUUUGAAUCAUUUUGGGUUUAACAAUCUUUCCCUCGAGGGAAACCCCAGAUCAUGUCGAGCGCUUUUCGUGAGGUUUUCCUCACUGCAACCUGAGUUUACAUGAUUGUCUUUUUUUUAUUAUCAUUUCUGUACAGUGUGUGGUCAAAAUAACGGAAACACGUGUUCCAUUUUGGGAUGUUUUGUGGUUUAAGUCAGCUCAUUUCUUGGAUUUCAAGGCCAGUGGCCACUAACAUAAUGACCCCAAUCAUCAUCUGGUUCAGGACGAGAGUGGAUCAAAUUCAAAUGUCAAGUGCUCCUCACUUGAGAUCAUUUUUGAUUAUUACAAAGAAACUUGAUGCCGUGCUUGAAAAUUCCCCUUUCUGUGCCGAAUGUUCAUGUUGUUUCCUUUCAAUUGACCAUACUUUCUACAAAUGCACAAUUUUCCCUUUAUUAACUGUGUUUGAGUGAACUUGCUUUCUGAAUUCAUUCUUUUUAACGGUCAUGACAGCUGAGACGAAGGGUUCAGCCAGAGGAAGUGUUUUCAGUUCAGUUAAACAAAGUGUUAAUCCUCUGAUUUGGUGGAGAGGUAGAAUCAGCGUGAAUCCGUGCCUCCCGUACGCCGGACAGGCAUCGUUCACUGUUUGCCAGGGACGUCAACAACAAUGUCCUUUGACUCUGAUCCUUUACCUGCCUCUGUGUGUGUCUGUCUUUGUCUGCCGGUGUCAUGACUGUGGCGAGCGCUGUGACCUCACCGCUGAGUGAUGCGCUGCCUGGCGUGAAGACUGAGAACCAAUAAACACUCUGCCCUUUUUUACUCCA